AACGGAUCGGGCACCGACACUUUUGGCUCCAGUGUCUUGCCGUCGCACCAGUCUCCGCCCUCACGGAUAAAAUGCGGCUGCGCACAGCCCAUAGGUCUUCUCCCACGUCAACCGGAGCAACUGCUGCCGACCACUCACCCGGAGUUUCAUUGUCAAGAAUCAUGGCUGAGCUGGAAGAGCGCACCUUCCUUGCCAUCAAGCCCGAUGGCGUGCAGAGGGGCAUCAUUGGAGAGAUCAUCAAGAGGUUUGAGAUGAAAGGCUUCAAACUCGUGGGCAUGAAGAUGCUCCAUGCCUCUGAGGACCUGCUGAUGCAGCACUACAUCGACCUAAAGGACCGACCGUUCUUUCCUACCCUCAUCAACUACAUGAGCUCUGGUCCAGUGGUUGCCAUGGUGUGGGAAGGCAAGGGUGUGGUGAAGACAGGCAGGGUGAUGCUGGGUGAGACCAACCCCGCCGAGUCAAAGCCCGGAACCAUCAGAGGAGACUUCUGCAUCGACGUUAGCAAGAACAUAAUCCAUGGCAGUGACUCAGUGGAGAGUGCCAACAAGGAGAUUUCCCUGUGGUUCAAACAACAAGAGCUGGUCAGCUACACUAGCUGUGCCUUCAGCUGGCUCUACUAAACCACUCUGGGUCCUGCAGCAGUCCUCGCACUGGUUGGAGACCAGUGAAACCUUUGCCUCCGAUUUCCUGUUUUUUGUCUGUAGUGUAGAGGGCAGAAGAACUGUCCCACAGUCCUCACAUCCACUCCUGCCCUCUACUCAUCAUACUGUACUUAGAUCUGAUCUAAGGUCUAGUCGGGAGUCAUUCCAGCUCCAUUCCUUUCUUUUUUAGACGCAUUCCAUUCAUCCCUGGAGUAUACGGUUAAUGACUUGAAACAAUCUUUGACUGUCAGUUUUGUUAAAAGGUGAUCUGCUUUCCAAUAAAACGCACACAAUA